AUGUAAUGGAUAUUAUUAGGAGAGGGAGCUUAUUCAUCUGUGUACAAAGUGAAAAGAUUGGAAGACUCUUAAGAAUAUGCUUUAAAGAAAGUGAAAUUAUAGAACUUGAAUGAUAAAGAAAAAUAAAAUGCUAUGAAUGAAGUUCGCAUAUUAGCCUCUAUCAAACACCCUAAUAUUAUAAGUUAUAAAGAAGCUUUUAUUGAUAUCAAAAGUAAUUCAUUAUGUAUUGUGAUGGAAUUUGCAGACGGUAGUGAUUUAUACUAGAAAAUUGUUAACUCCAAAAAAAAUGGAAAAUAGAUAGAGGAACAAAUAAUUUGGAAUAUUUUUAUAUAAAUAGUGAGAGGAUUGAAAGCAUUACAUGAAUUAAAAAUUUUACAUAGAGAUCUAAAAAGCGCAAAUGUGUUUUUGUAUUAGAAUGGUGAUGUAAAAUUGGGAGAUAUGAAUGUUUCCAAAGUUUUAGAAAAGGGAUUGUCGUACACUCAAACAGGAACACCCUUUUAUGCAAGUCCAGAAGUAUGGAAGGACCAGCCUUAUGAUCAGAAAUCAGAUAUCUGGAGUUUGGGGUGUGUUGUGUAUGAGAUGGCAUCUCUAAAACCUCCUUUUCAGGCAGAUGGCAUGGAAGAAUUAUAUAAGAGAGUUAUAAGGGGAUAUUAUCCUAGAAUUUCAUAAAAUUAUUCUCAAGAUCUUAGCAACGUAAUAAGGUCAAUGUUGUAAGUGUAACCCCAUUUGAGACCAAAUUGCGACAAAUUAUUAUAAUUUCCAUCUCUUUUGAAAAGAUAGGACGAUAUGCCAAAACAAGAAUAGACAGAUAACGAACCUAAUACAUUGUUGUCAACUAUCAAAUUCCCCAAGAAUUACCAUUAUUUUACAUCAAUGUUGCCUAAGCCUUGUUAUGAGUGUGUUAAUAGAAAAUAAAUUAAAUCAUUGCAUUCCCAAUAAGCCAGUCCCAAUCCAAGAUCGCUGAUGAGUGUGAAUGGCAGUUAUGAGGAUGUAACUAGUUAACAGACUAUUGAGAAAAAAGAACCGAUUACCAAUAACCGUAAGGCUUAACCAGAUGUGUUAUUGAUCUUAGAAUAAUAUAACAAACAAUUAAGGAAACCAGUCAUGAAGGUCAGACCGAAUAGACAUCAAAGCUAGGAGGAGGUGAGCGUAUUGGAAGUGAUAACUCAACAUCAAUCCAAACUAUCCUUGGAGAACAAUAGAUUGCCCAUGCUUGAGGAAGUUUCUCCUUUAAAGAGAAAAGCUAAGCCUAAUAAACAUAGAAACCAAAGUUUACCAAAUGCAAAUUUACUCCCACUUAUAUAAGCUGGUGUAUUAAAAUGA